AUGAUUCUCCUGUGGUCACUGCUGCUUCCCCUAGCAGCCUCUUUUGUGGCGGGAUCAACUGAAAAGUCCAACAACAUCCGUGCUGUCAACUACACCGUCCGCCACAUCUUCAACACCACUGGUAUUUUUACCGGCAUAUCAAUCAAUGUAUCUGACGACAGCGAAUUAGAUGAAAUAAAAUCGCUCCUCGGCGCACUCCCAGGUGUUAUCGGCGUUGCUGAUGUCAUCCAGUAUGAGGUGCCACGGGUUAAAACUAGUUCAGUUGGUUCCCCAGGCGAUUUUUCGUCACUCGAACGCCGAGGAAAACACGCCUCGGAAGAUCUGGGUUUCACUCUACGAAUGGGUGGCGUUGAUAAAGCCCACGCUGCAGGAUAUAAAGGGAAGGGAGUUAAGAUUGGUUUUAUCGAUACUGGUAUUUAUUAUAAGCACCCGGCCCUUGGUGGAGGCUUCGGACCUGGCAAAAAGAUUGCUGGAGGAUACUCCUUCAUUUCAGAUGCUGGUGAUUUGGUCGAAAGCAGCGACCCAUAUUCUGAUUGUGCUCAGUCAGACCAUGCAACACAUGUGGCAGGAAUUUUGGGUAUGGACCCAUUACACCUGCCUCACGGGUUCCCCAUCUCCGGCGUGGCCCCUGAAGCAUCAUUGUAUCCUUAUCGCAUCUUCAGCUGCGGUGAUAUAGGAGGGGUGCGACGAGGUGGCACAAGCGACCUUGUUUUGCAGGCAAUGCUCAAAGCCAUGGCAGAUGGUGUUGAUGUUAUCAGCAUGUCUUUAUCGCUUGAUGAAGGAAUGGUUGGAUCUUUGCCAAAAUAUGACCCGGUGGCGAAUGCUGCACAGCAGAUCAAAGACGCUGGCAUUGCCAUUGUUGUCGCCAUGGGAAAUGACGCAUUACAGUCACUGAAUGCAGCUAAUCUCUACCAGGAGACACUCCCCAGUGAAUUAACUAGCGUUAUUUCUGUUGGCGCGGUUGCUAAUUCGAACUUUCCGCUUAUCUACACGGCAAAGGAUGAGUUUGGCGCAGAAAUUCAUUAUUCAUCAGUGUAUCCUAUUUCGGCGCCUGAUGGGCUUGAUGUCUACUUCCUUACGGGUAGCUCAUGCGGUUCUUUCGAUUGGAAUCAAAUUUUUGACGAUAUCCACACAUCAGGGAAUCUCAGCACUACCGUAAUCGCGGUUAGUGUUUCUGGGAACUGUCCAUUGACAGACAUCGUGUGCUGUGGCAGCACUGCCCCUCCUUACUUAUUCGGCUUCUAUAAUAGCAGCACAAAUCCCUUUUACCAAGAUUACGAAGGUCUGCUACCAUACCGAUUUAACAACGGUACUACUAAAGCAUAUACGGUGAUAGAGCCUGAUUCGAAUGCAUUUUAUAGCAACUACGUUGCAUCUGGUGGGUAUAAGAAGUACAAGUUGUUCUUCGAUAACUCGACUUAUAUCAACCCUCCGAUGAGCAUGGGCGGCAAGGUAGAUGGAUAUAGCAACUGGGGCCCUCUUAGGCGUACAUUCGAGCUCAAGCCGCAGAUUGUGGCUCCCGGUGGCCAUAUUCUUUCCACAUUCCCAGAGAGUAUUGGUAGUUAUGGUGUUAUCUCUGGAACAUCUAUGGCCACACCAUAUAUCGCCGGCUGCUAUGCGCUCGUCAAGUCAAAGUUUCCUCAUUUAUCGGUUGACGAGAUAUUAAUUUCUCUGCAAAUUACGGCCAGACCAACCACCUGGGCAUGGAAUACAAGCAUGCUGGCUACCACAGCUCAACAGGGAGCCGGCCUUGUCAAUGUUUAUGAUGCUAUUACCUCGUUGACUCACGUUUCAGUGGGACAAUUGGCCGUCACAGACAACAACCGCACUUCGUUCGGCUUAGUUAACUUCACGGUCACAAACAGUGGACGUACACUUCAGAAAUAUAAGCUCCAACAUCGCCCAGCAGGGUAUGUAUAUGAAGGAGUCAGCUAUCCCGAGGUGAACCAGCUUCCUACUUUUGGGUCGGCAAAAUUUGCAAACCCUACUUUCAAGCUCAGACCUGGUGAAACAACAGAGAUCGCUGUGCAACUCUCUCCUCCAGCCCUCGCAGUCGGCCUAGCUCGAUUGCCCCUCUUUUCGGGAUAUAUUGAUAUCGUUCCAGAGAAAGGAGCCAAUCUUAGUAUUCCCUAUAUUGGUCCUGCUUAUUCCCCUUACAACAUGGAUUACAUAUUUUAUCUUGCAGCGACAGCAACAUCUCCUGGUCUUCCCUGGCUCUCAUUCCCAGACAAGAGUGGCAAUAGCAACUACAACGACGGCUUUUCUGCCGUCCAGUUAUCUGCAACAUAUUCAUUUAGCCUAGCCAAUCAGGGAUGGACUACACUCUUGAGGGCGGACAUUGUUCCGGCAAACACCACCCUAAAAGCGCGUGUCAAUGGCCCUAAUCUCACCAUCCCAGAGGAUUACGAGUACCUUCCCUCCUCUAACCAGCUCGGCUCAACUCUAUUUGGCCAGCCAAGCUACGGUAAUCUUUGGAUAGCAGAAGGACUGAGACAACCUUCAAGUAGUGUUUUUAUCCAAGGCACAGGUUUGGUAGUGACUGAUGACAGUGGUGUAAAUGUUACGCUCGGCUCUGGCGACUACAGGUGGUUUUUUAGUGUUUUGAGGUGGGGUGGAGAUGCCACUCAAUCCGGAGAUUAUGAUACUUAUCUGGGCCCCAUUAUUCGCUUGCUCAAUUAA